UGCAGCUCUUCCGCUCCUCCCACGACCAACCGUUGACUGAUAGACUGAGACGUCGGCAGAGCAAGCCUUUAGGCGCUGCCAGGCCACUAGAGCUCGUGUCUCGAGAUCCGUACAGGGUAUUCGGUCCAUCGAGAUUGUGACAGACACCACCUGGCCCUCAAGGUUAGCAACAAAUAUGGCGUCUAUGGACAGUCCUGAGCUGCUGAAGCAGACAGAUGGCGAGGAUUUGCGCGAGUUGGGCUAUGAGGCUGAGCUCUCCCGCAAGUUCAGCUUCUUCUCCAUGCUCUGUUUGGCCUACUGCGUCCUCGGAACGUGGAGCACAUUCGCGCAAGGCCUAGGGUCAGGACUUUCAUCUGGCGGUCCGGUUGGUAUCAUUUACGGGCUCCUUGUUGUCUUUUCAUGCAAUAUGUGUAUAGCGAUGUCGCUUGGGGAGCUCUGUUCUGCGUAUCCAACGGCUCUAGGUCAAGGUUUUUAUGUUUCCCAACUCUGGCCUGGCGAGGCAGGCCGCUUUCUAUCUUAUGUUACUGUGCUUAUCAAUGCGGCAGGCUGGUGGACACUCAGUGCCUCGCAAGCAGCAUUCAUGGGUGACUUUAUGCUUUCGAUGAAGGUCAUGUAUGAUCCCGAGUGGAAAGGCAUAGACAAGGGAUGGCUUCAUUUUCUUGUCUAUGCUGGACUUGCUAUUGCUGGAACGCUCUUCAACGCUGCAGCUUGUCGCAAAAUGUAUGUGUUGCCACGUUUCAACAAUGGUGUUUUUUACCAAAAUGUCAUUCUCCUGGUCGCUUUCUCCAUGACGCUCCUCAUUUGCGUGGGCGUCAAGGACGACUUGCAGUUUCAGUCAGGCAAAUUUGUCUUUGGCAAGUUCGUCAAUGAGACUGGCUGGAAUGAUGGUGUAUGUUGGUUCAUUGGGUUAAUUCAAGCAGCCUAUGGUUUAACGGCUUUUGACAGUGUCAUUCAUCUGGUCGAAGAAAUGCCCCGACCCAGUAUUAAUGCUCCGCGGGUCUUGAAUCUGGCCAUUCUCACAGGUACACUCACUGGCUACUUUUUCCUUUUCGUCAUGCUCUACUGCAUUCAAGACCUCGAUGGUGUUAUCAAUACAGCUACUGAAUUACCCUUUAUGCAGCUCUCCCUCGACGCAAUUGGUCUGACGGGUAGUGCUGUGCUUUUAGCCAUCUACAUCUCCAAUGGAACACUGCAGCUGUUCUCCAUUAUGACGACCAGUAGCCGACUUACCUGGUCAUUUGCUCGCGAUGGCGGACUUUUGUUCCAUGACUAUUUUGCAAAAGUCGACCCAACGUGGCAAAUGCCUGUUCGUGCGACGAUGCUACAAGGUGGUAUUGUUGUUGUCAUCGGAUUGCUAUACUUGUUCUCUAAUGCAACGCUUGAAGCUAUUCUGAGUGUCUCUACAAUAGCACUGACCGUCUCCUAUGCAAUCCCCAUUGGCGUACUCCUAUUCGUUGGAAGAGACAAGCUCGAACAUACAGGAGGCAGCUACAAGUUGGGCCGAUUCGGGUACACGGCGAACGUUGUGAGUGUCAUCUACUGUGCCAUUACCACAGUCUUCUUCUUUUUCCCAUCAGCACCAGGCCCAGCUCCUGCUGAUAUGAACUACGCCAUCGUCGUUUUCGGUGCAGUUCUAUUGCUUGGACUAGCAACGUGGUUUUUGGUGGGUAGAAAACGGUACUUGUUGACAGCAGCAGCGAUAGCAGAACGUGCGAGGGCAGAAAGAGCUCUAUUUAUUCAGGGACUAGAGGCAUCAAACAAAUUGGGUUCAAGAGGGGAAAAGGGGGUAGAGAUAGAGGCAUGGGAGGCACAGAGCCGUGGUGCUGCAUUUGCAGAAGCAGUUGGUGAGGGCAAGGAAAAGCUCGUGUGAGGACAUAUAAUGAUUUGGUGUAUAGUGUCUUGGUUUGGAAAUUGUACGAUACUCAUUGCAUCAGCAUUUG